CCGCUGCUGCAAGGGGACAUGGGGCUGAGGAUCUGGGGAAGCGUGGAGGGCAGGCCUGGCUGCUUGCCACCACCUCCUCGCAGAGAGUCUUACACAGGAAGGCGUUGCGAAACACCCACAGCCCCAUUCCCGGAAUUUGGGCUGUUUCAUGGGAAAGAUUCCCCCCUGCUUUCCUUCCCAGGAUGCCUUCGGGUGGGGCUGGCUGCUGGGGUGAACCCAGCAACGUGCUAUGGUGCCGUGCAGUCAGGCCCCAGCUUUGCACAAAACAGGGGGUUUUGUCACACCCCGCUUGCCCCGGUCACCCCAGCUCCAGUUUGGAUAAGCUCAGAACUUUCUGCAAACAAUCUGUGAAUGAAGAGAGCUUCCUGCUGCUGCUAAGCACAGAGCAGCCCUUCCCUUCCUCCCCAGUGCUCAAUGACCGGACAUGUGCUGAGACGCAGACCGCAGCAUGUGUGUAUCCGCCCGGCCACAUGAGAGAAAGCGGGGUGCAGGCUGGGGACCCCACUGCCCCUCCUCCAUCUGCUGCACGGCCCUCAAAAACACAUCCCCUCCUCCCAGGGGCCCUUGUCCCCGUGCCGUCCCAGCUGCCCAAAGCAGCCCCAGUUGCUCCGCAGGGCACAGAAGGAGCCAUUGUCACCGCCGUGCCAGCCCCCGCCCUGGCGCCAGCUGCUGCGGGGACUGGGCAGCGGCAGAGCGCGGUGCUGGCACCAUGGUGGCCACGCUGGUGGUGGCUUUGCUGCUCCUCUGCUUGGCCACAGGGACAGAGGCCAGCCCAGAGCUCGGCGGGUACCUGCGCAAGGUGCUGCGGAACCACACGGUGCACACGUGUGACGGGGAGCAGCUCCUCAUCCUGUGCCCUCGUAAGACCACCAUCAGCAUCCUGGGCGCCUUCUACGGGCGCCGCGUGCCCAGCCCCAACCUGUGCCCCAGCCCGGGCAACGUGUCCCAGGAGAGCACCGAGUGCAUGUCUCCCACAGCCCACCUGAAGCUGCUGGCUGAGUGUCAGGACCAGCAGUGGUGCCAGUUCUCAGUGCACAGCCAAGUGUUUGGGCCGGACCCGUGCCCCGGGACACACAAGUACCUCAUCGCAUCCUACAAGUGCCGGCCAGGUGGGUAGCACCCAUGGGCACCCGGGGCUGGGGAAGAGGAGAGGGUUUGGGGUGUCACACUGGGUCGGUCACUCUACGGUGUCAC